CGAGCAGCUACUGUAACUUUGCUGCUGCAGCUCCUCCCAUCCAGCUAUAAGAGCCCAGCUGACCAGGUACAGCGUCCAUCCCCAACAUGCACCAGUGAAACCUCAUGAAAACACGUCUUUUUCCCACAGGUGGUUGUCUGCAGCCUUGGAGUCAAACUGAGAUGUAGCACAGGUCCUGGAUUAAACAGAGGAUUUGGGAGCUGGUGACUCUGGAGGAUGACUUUCGCCAUGUUGCGGCCUGCGGCGACGCACUUGAUCUACUCAGACUUCUCCCUCAUGUCCGAGGACGACGAGAACCGCAGCGAGAGCGACGGCAGCUCGGAGCAAAGUUACUGCGAGUCCGGCGAGAAACGCAGGCGCGACGCGGAGGGAGACUCCCCGGUGGUGGUGAAGCAGAGGAGCGCGGCCAACGCCAGGGAGCGAGGCCGGACCCAGAGCGUCAACGGCGCCUUCACAGCCCUGCGGACCCUCAUCCCCACCGAGCCGGUGGACAGAAAGCUCUCCAAGAUCGAGACCCUGCGCCUGGCAUCGAGCUACAUCUCACAUUUGGCCAACGUGCUGCUCAUCGGGGACGGCGGCGCGGACGGACAGCCGUGCCUCGGCGCGAUGCAUGUGCAGGGGGAGAGCGGGGCGAAGCAGCCGAGGACCAUCUGCACCUUCUGCUUGAGCACCCAGAGGAAAGGGAUUAAAGAUGGAAAAGACUGUUUGAAAAUGCGAGGACUGGGUCCACUGCGGAUGAGACGCUGACUGGAGGAACAUCAGCAACCUGAAAAUAAUCAAAGAGUUUCUCAGGGAAGAGUCAAAGCUGGAGUUACAACAUGGACACACACACACACACACACACACACACACACACACACACACACACACACACACACACACACACACACACACACACACAGUAUGUACACAUGCUGGAUCAAAUGAUCGAAGAGGAGAAAGACUAUUUAUACUUGACUGAGAAUUUCUAAGCAUAAGCCUUUCAAGGAUGCCGUGCAUUCGUUUGAAACUUAUGAGUUUUUUGUCUUUUUUUUGUUUUUUCAAAAGUUUUAAAUAAAAUAUAUUUUAUCAAAAAA